AACGCACCGUGUCCGCACUGUGGGAGCGGAAGAGCAGCAGGUUCAUGUUGUAAAUCCGCUCACUCUUCUGCACACACACACACACACACACACACACGGUUCUCUGGAGCAGGUAAAGAGAAGGUGAAGGUGUCCGGGUGUAACUGUGUAUCGUGGACAAGCGGCUGUAGUCGGAUCUCGCUAUGGACCAGAGAGACUCUGCGCCUGAGAGCUGGGAGGAGGACGAUGUGGAGGCCCAAGCGGACACCGAACUCCAGUCUGCCUUCAUCGGCCUCAACGUCAACGCACCAGAGUUUGUACCCUCUUUUGUACCCAGAGCGUCCCCACACAGCACCGGGUCCCACGGUCCAGACACGGUUACCAACAUGGAGGUUUCUGAGCCAGUAGCUGCUGUGGAGAAUGGAGAAACAGAUACUGGCACUGCCGAGUCGUGGGAGGAGAAGGGUGAACCAGAUGAGGUGGAGGCAGCAGGUGGAACGAUGGAGGAGAUUGGAUCUGCUAGGGAAGAAGCCCAAGAUGAGAUGAUGAUGGAGGAGGAUGAGGAAAUGCCUGCCCCUAAACUUCCUCCUCCUCUCCCAGAUGCCCCAAAGAAAGAACAUGUUAAUGUUGUAUUCAUUGGACACGUUGAUGCUGGCAAGUCAACAAUCGGUGGCCAGAUCAUGUAUUUAACCGGCAUGGUGGACAAACGGACCCUGGAGAAAUAUGAAAGGGAAGCAAAAGAAAAGAACAGGGAGACAUGGUAUCUCUCAUGGGCAUUAGAUACCAACCAGGAGGAGAGAGACAAGGGGAAAACAGUAGAAGUAGGAAGAGCAUAUUUUGAAACUGAGAAAAAGCACUUUACCAUCCUGGAUGCCCCGGGCCAUAAAAGCUUUGUGCCCAAUAUGAUUGGUGGAGCCUCACAGGCUGACCUGGCAGUGCUGGUUAUCUCUGCCAGAAAGGGCGAGUUUGAGACAGGCUUCGAAAAGGGUGGUCAGACCCGUGAACACGCCAUGUUGGCCAAAACAGCUGGAGUCAAACACCUGAUAGUCCUCAUUAACAAAAUGGACGAUCCUACAGUGAACUGGAGCUUGGAUAGAUAUGAGGAAUGUAAAGAGAAAUUAGUGCCAUUUUUAAAGAAGGUGGGCUUUAAUCCAAAGAAAGACAUCCACUUUAUGCCCUGUUCUGGACUGACAGGAGCCAACUUAAAGGAGCCUUCUGAGAUGUGCCCCUGGUACACGGGUUUACCAUUUAUUCCACAUCUGGACAGCUUGCCAAACUUCAACCGAUCAACUGAUGGUCCCAUCAGAUUGCCUAUUGUAGAUAAGUACAGGGACAUGGGCACUGUGGUUCUUGGCAAACUGGAAUCAGGGACUAUUAGCAAAGCACAACAACUUAUCAUGAUGCCAAAUAGGCACACUGUAGAGGUACUGAGCCUACUGUCCGAUGACGUAGAGACAGAUGACGCAGGACCUGGAGAGAACCUGAAGCUCCGUCUCAAAGGCAUUGAAGAAGAGGAGAUUCUUCCUGGCUUCAUCUUAUGCAAUGCAGAGAAUCUCUGCCACUCAGGGCGUACGUUUGACGCCCAGAUUGUCAUUAUUGAACACAAAUCCAUUAUAUGUCCAGGUUACAAUGCAGUCCUUCAUAUCCAUACUUGCAUAGAAGAAGUUCAGAUAACAGCCUUAAUCUGUUUGGUGGACAAGAAGACAGGAGAGAAGAGCAAGACGCGUCCUCGCUUUGUCAAACAAGACCAAGUGUGCAUUGCCCGUCUCCGAACAGCAGGAACCAUCUGCUUAGAAACGUUUAAAGACUUCCCGCAGAUGGGCCGUUUCACUCUGAGGGACGAAGGUAAAACCAUUGCUAUCGGCAAGGUGCUGAAGUUGGUGCCAGAGAAGGACUGAUUUCACACUGAAGGACUGAUCUGCUCCACUGUGGAUUAGGAGGAAGGAUGCAGCAACAAUACCAACCAGAUUCCUCCAAUCCGCUCCAUUCUCUUAUUGUGGAUAAAACUAAGAGAAACAUUUGAAAAAGGACAAUAACAACAUGACAGUAUGUUUUAAGAAGAACAAUAUUAUAGAAAAAAGCUCAGUGUGACAGCUUUCUCAUAUUGAGAGCUCAGCUAUGCCACUCAUGUAGCCCAAUUUUAAAGCCAACCCAUUUCCACAGGCCCAUAUACAAUGACAAAAUGGAUGCAAUCGUGUUAGAGACUAUUGGCUUUUUAACUGCCCUCGUGUUUGAAGGAUUAAGCCAUUCCUUUGUUAGCUGUCCUUAAGCAAUCUGGAACUGACAGCGGACAUAGAUUUAUUAUGAAAGUGUGAUCAGAAAUCUUCACCAAGGUCAAACUUGUAUCGAUAGUUAGACUUGUAUAAUUGGUUGAGUGUGAAUUUUUUUUUCCCUUCCAUUCACCCCCCCCAAGUCUAACCCCACCAGUACUGCUCUGGGGUCCAUGUAUGUAAUCAGUUUGUAUCAUUGUCUUCUUUUCAGUGUUUUUACAGUUUUACACUGCUUGAGGACAUGAGCACUGGAACAGCUUGGAUCCUUCCAACAUUAUGUUAAGGCUUUGGUUAUGAUUUCUCUUUGCAUAUCUGAUAUCGUUCUGGUCUUCUCCUAGAGCAGAUCUUUUAGUUUAUUCUUUUUGAAAUCAGUAAAGUGACAUGGACUAUGCGCAUGCAUUUCAGGAAAUGACUAGCAAUUUUUGAAGAAAUGCGCAAUUUCAAGCAAAUAUUAUUAUUAAUUGUAGCCUGCUGUAAAUGAAACAGGAUCAGGCUUAUGCACACAAUAACUAGUCAUUGCUUCAUCUAAAAGUAAUCGUAUUCGAAUAAAAAAAAUAAAGGAACUGUGAUGUUACAGUUUCUCACACUACUCAGCAUCUGAUCCAGUUUUACAUACUUCUGUGGCAAUGUCAGCAUUAACUAUCCAACAAAAUAAAAACACAAAUUGAUCAUCUC